AUGGACCAUGUGAAAGCACAAAGGUCUGUUUCUGAUCAUAGGAAAAGGACCAAGUCUAGUCCUUCUCCAAGCAAACCCACAUGGAAUAAGAAGUACUCUGCCACGGGGAUAAAGCUGAAGCCCAAACCGCCAAGGAAGCUUGCAAGAAGGAAAGUUCAGGAUAGUAGGAAGAGUACUGUGACAGCAUGUUUAUCAGCAGCAAGAGGCAACAGAAUUGGAGAGAGCGUUGCAGUUGUUAAGUCGUCAGUUGAUCCUGAGAGAGACUUCAUGGAAUCCAUGGUGGAUAUGAUAGUGGAGAAUGGAAUCAGGAGUUCAAGGGAGCUUGAAGACCUUCUUGCUUGUUACCUCUCCCUCAAUUCCAUGAAGUACCAUGAUGUCAUAGUCAGGGCAUUUGAACAAAUCUGGUUUCACAUGUCUUAA